GAAAAAAAAUGGAGGAAAAACAGAAGAAGAAAUCUCUCCUCGAUAAUUCCAGGCGCUCCGGGCCCCUGAAAGGGGUGCCCAUGCGGUCCCUUUCUCCCCAAGUGGCACUCCCUUCCCAGCCCUUCCCAGCGCGCCUUUGGGUCUUUACCACUCCUCCUGCAAGAGGGGAGUUCACGCACGGGCCGGAAACGUUAGACAUUCGUUCCUCGUACCCACUCUGUGGCCAUGGCCAAGCAUGUCGCAUUCUUGGCGGUCCAGGCCUGGCGGUGGGGUCAGUUCCUACCUGAGUUCACGGGGAAGAGGGUAGCUCCAGGAUCUAGGGGGCGCGCGGCCCACCGCCAGCGGGCUGACCCCGAGAGAAUCUACCAGCUCCCGGAGGCGUCACCGCACCUAGGCUGGCGAUUGGCUGACUCUCUCUGAAUCGAAGAGAAAGGUCAUCUUCUCUAUCUUAGCUGUAUAUCCUAAAGUUCUGGUUCUAGAGCUGGGUCGCCAAAGACGCUCUCUCAAUGGUGAAUGACUACAACCCCCAGAAUGCAACGGUCCUCUUUGAGAGGAAGACUCGUCUGAGGAUGCGUAGUAAGGGUGACUGACCCGGAAGCGCAAAGGCGGCAACCAGCCGAGCUGCGGCAUCCCCGGCUCAGUACUCAAGUGGGUGGAUUGUUGUUGUGUCCGGCGCGGGCUUCUCUCUCUGGUGUCAGAAGCGGAGUCCUAGAGGGGGACAACAUGCCAACUGCCAAGCAACUAGCUGACAUUGGCUACAAGACCUUCUCUACUUCCAUGAUGCUUCUCACUGUGUAUGGGGGCUAUCUCUGCAGUGCCCGAGCCUACCAGUAUUUCCAGCGGCGCAGCGCCCGGCGCCAGGCUGCAGAAGAACAGAAGACCUCAGGAGUCGUGUAGAACCGGGGGGACUAUUUUCCUUGAACAGAGAGGCCUGAGGCAUGCUGUGGAACGAUCUCACCUGCAGUCAUUUCCAAGUCGAGAGAACUAGGGCCUUAAUGGGUUCCAAAUCCUGCUGAGAAAAGUGCCCAUGUUUUCUCUGGUACUGCCAGUUUGGGGAGACUGUCGAAUCACAACAGGAACGGGGGGAUGAGGCAGACAUUAAAUAUUUUGCUGUGUCUGUG